AUGGUAGUUUUCGUGGACCUGGACCAUGAUACAUUCAGCAAGAAUCAUUUUUCGCAUGGUCCCGAUGCUUUGCCACAUCACUUCGCUGAACCGGAGAAGUUGACACUGUCCAAGUUGAUGGUUGUCGGAGCUCCACAGUCCGCAAAGCUGGCUACUGACGAUGAUACUUCUAUCGACCCAACACACGAUGCUUCACAGUUUCGCUUGGAAGAACAGAAUCAAAAUCAAAAUGCCUUCUCAGUUGCUCUGGGCUGCUAUCCGAUCGUUAAAGAGAUCGCCCGAUCAGUGGACCUUAACACACUGCACGCCCUAUCCCGCACAUGUCGCCAAUUCCAUGCGAAUCUGGCACUCUACCGCCACCAACUAGUCAAGCAAACUCUACGCUGCGAGAAUGAAUACAUUGAGACACUAUCAGAUCUGCUGCGUAGUGGUACUCCGAUCCCCGACAGCGUCAAGUCCGUGAUCCGACUCCUGAGCCAGGAGGCCAGGAGCUCUGGACGCCUAACUGCUGGAAAAGUUGCCAAAUGCGCUCGAGACAUGGUUGGCGAGUGUCGACGAUGUUCCAAGGUGGUUUGUCGUCAAUAUGCUUAA